AUGCCCAACCCUAUUUUGUUUAAUAGAAUAAGCCAUAGCUCAUUUGCAUUCUGUAUCUUUACAGCAAAUGGAACAGUCUAUUCUUGGGGAGUAGGGGUGGAUGGACAGCUUGGUCAUGGAGAAGAUGUAACCUACCUCGCUCAACCAAAAGCCUUGGUGGAUGGUGUCUUCCCUGGUAGAGUAGCACAAGUGGCUUGUGGAGAUUCAUACAGUGCUGCACUGCUUGGUGAUGGCUCCCUCUACAUGUGGGGAAAGAGCAGUCAUGUUAUACAGACUGACCAGCCUUCCUCGCAGAAGGUAUUCCGACCCGUUGGUAUCCCCCUGAAAGGACGUUCCGUUGCCAUGGUUUCCUGUGGUUCAUGGCAUACAGCAGCAAUCACAGGAAAACCAGAGAGACAACCUCUUGAGGAAGACUCAGACACCUCAGAAGAAGAUGAGGAGGAAGAUUUGGAUACCCUCAUCACCAUGGAAACAGAUGAUGGAAUAGAUGCAUUCCAGGACAGGGCUGGCAAUGUCUGGGAAAUGUCUGAUGAGAUCUGUGCAGACAAGACCAGUGCUGUCUCCAAACCUGCUCAAAGUUCCUUAAGGCCACCGUACAGGCUUGCUCGCGAGGGGACCACUCUGACCCUUGAAGAAUUCUAUUCCUCCACCCCUGUACCUGUCCGUCGUCCACGAGAGCUUCCUGGGGUUAGGGUUCCUGAGAGGAAACGGACUGCAAAGGCCGAGGUGCAAGGAGAAGAUGAUUGCGUCGAUGCCAAAGUGACAGUGGCGGAAUCAGAAAGGGAUGAAGGAGAGAGUUCAGAUGAUUCAUCUGCGGAUGAUGACAUUGAGGCAGAUGAAACAGAGAUUGCCGCUAUGGCUCCACCAAUGGGCUCUACUGGAGAGCCAGAAAUUAUGGACAAAGAUGCAAGUCUAAAGACGGAGCAUGACAGAUCUUUUACAAAGACAGAAAAACUUUCUAAAAAAUUCAAUCCCCAACGCCAAAGAGAUACUUAUUUGUCAAGAUCCAAGACAAUGGGAAGCAUAGACAUACCAAAGAAGUCUGUUUCAAAACAGAACCAACCAACUGUGUAUAAUAUGAGUGCAAUGAGUGGUUCAGGUGAUGCUGAUAGAGCCCUCACAGGAAAGUUUGUGGUUGACAAGCAUGUGGCUAUACAGAGUAGAAAGGCCUCUCCCUUAUCAUCAGCAUCCUCCUCCCCUUCUUCAAAGAGGAUAGAGAGCAGUACCAAACAGACCAUUCCCACCGUUAGCCUAGUCGGCACUGACAGCGUGGACUUGCCCCCGUCCAAUGAUAGAGUCCCUAAAAGCUUGCCGAUGCCUAAGAUGACCAGAGCUCAUACGCUUUAUGGUCCAAUGAGAACUCACGGAAAGAUUCGGCAUUCCAAAAGUGAGUCUCCACCGGUGAUAUACCCUGUUCCACCUGUAGUAUCAAUGGCUUACAAGACAAGGCCACCCAUUGUCAGGGAUGGAGGUCACCCAACAGCGAAAUCUAAGUAUGGGACCAAAGAUAAGGCCCUGAAAGACCUGAAGCAACAUCAUCAAACAGGGAAUGUGGGUGAAACUGCAAGCCAGAACAAGACGGCCGGAGGCAGGAGGCCUCUUGGUGCCACCUCUUCCUCUCAAAAGAGACCCGUCUUCUCUUCUGCAGGAUCAUGGCGACAAAGGUCAGAGGUUGAGGAUGUGCUUCUCAGAGAUGGUACACCUCCUGGUAGUCCAUUGCACAGGAAAACUUCAACCAAAGAUUCAUGACCCAGGACUUUGUUCUGUUUUCUUCUUUUUAGUGUAAAAGUGAGUAAAGGUCAUCUUUUACCAAAGACGUUCUAAUAUGACUCAAGGGGAGUACUUCCUAAUGUGAUGGACAAACAUGUUUGCAAGUGGUUUGUUUACUGUGAAUUUCAUGACCUGUGCAAGAAACUGAUUCAUUUUCAUGUUAACUACGUUUCUUCUGACCAAGUUUUCCUAUUGAGAAAGGUGUCAGGUUGUGCGUACUGUGAACCUUGUUGUGAUUAUUGAUAAAUAUU